CGCCGUCGCGAGAGUCGGAGUGGCCGUCGUUUGUGCUGUGCAAAGAUCGCGUUGAAGGAAGAUAAAAAGAGAAGAAUAAAAAAAAACGUGUGGGUUCCGUGUCACCGUCGUCAUUUGACAGAUGAUGCUCGAGCGUGUAGAGUAGGGCAGAAGAGAGUGUUCGUUUUUCGUUAGUGCGCGCGCACGUUUCAAAUACAGUUAUUCCUUGCGCCUCAACGGGAAGCGGAAAGGAAGCGGCAUGGAAGAACAGGUCGUUGGAGAAUGAGCGAAAGAGAACUGCUGCUGCUGCUGCUAGUGGGUGAACACGUGAAGAGCGGAAGUAACAAUCGGUGACGGCCGGAGGGCCUAAUGUCACAGGCCGAAUAAGAACGCACGGACGAUGUGUUGACGACUAAUCGAAACAACGUUUCAAGCUGGUCUCGUGAUGAUGUGAUGUUGUUUUCUCGUCACGGGCAAGGGGUUUGUGAGGUUUAUAGUUGGUAAACUGCCGCAGUCGACGUCUGCAGCACGAUAAUCGAAUUAACGACGGAGUUGACGGGAAAAAUCAAUGCGUUCUGAUGGAGAGAACGAAAUGAAAUUCGAAAAAUAUAGGUCAAUGUGAAUUGUGAGAUAAGGAAAUAUAUGGCGCACCAAGAAGUUGAUGUAUCUGAAAAGUGAACGAUAAAUUCAAUAUUCAGUCAACUGAGAACAGCCCCGGUCCAACGUCACCCCUUUUUUUUCUCCUGUGUGAGUGGAUGCCUGUCCGCUAACAGCGCGCGGAACAAACCAUGGAAGCAAUAAUUAAUAUCGUAAAGGAUGUCUUCCUCAACAGCUUAUGUGUACAACUAAUAGUGGCAACAAUACUACUCAGCUGCGUAUGGCCCACCUUCAAGUACUACGCCAAGCUAACGGUCAUCAUCAUAGUGUCCUGUAUGGUAUUAGUGAUCCCGAUACCGUUCUUUCUAAUCAAACCCCGAUGGCCGUUGAAUGCACUGGUGUCCGGAAAAGUCACCAUCGAGUUCGUUCGCUGGCUUGGGGUAUCGUACGAAGUCCGGGGGACGGAACAUAUCAACGUUAGGAAUGGCGGAGUGGCCCUCAUCAAUCACCAGAGUGCCAUCGAUAUCGUUCUGCUUGCUCGACUUCUAGCUGAUUUUCGAAACAUCGUGCCGGUUGUUAAGAAGGAGCUGUUCUACUUACUCCCGUUCGGAAUUGGCAGCUAUCUGGUGGGGGUUGUGUUCAUCGAUCGCAAGAAUACCACCUCGGCGAAAAACGUCAUGAAGCGAGAGUCAGUUGCCAUUAUGCGGGAUAACCUCAAACUGGCAAUUUUCCCAGAAGGCACCCGCCAUGACAAUGACACCCUGUUGCCGUUCAAGAAGGGUUCCUUCCACGUUGCAAUCGAUACUCAGUCUGUGAUUCAGCCUGUCGUGGUAUCGAAGUACGUUUUCAUUGAUCACAAGAAGAAGCGUUUCGGCCGAGGGCGGGUGAUAGUACAGAUCCUGCCGGAGAUUUCGACCCAAGGAAAGACUAAGGACGACAUCAAUGAACUGGUGGAACAAUGCCAGAAGCUCAUGCAGACCGAGUUUGAUGCGCUCAGUGCCGAAGCGAAACAGUACUGCCGACUGUAGUGGAUGGGACCACAAACUUUACACCACUAUACGCAAUAUGAGAAUUUAUCUAGUGAAUUGAUAGCGAAACUUCGGAUGUAUUCGUUUAGGCAACUUAUAUUGAGAGCUACACGGAAUUGGGUUUUACUUUUGUUUUAAGUCGGUAAGAGCACAGACAAGUCAGUGACAUUUCAGUUAUAACCGUGUGACAUGUCUAUCCCUCAAUCACGAACCCAUAGUCCAUUGUUAGGAGAAACAGUUCAAUGAAAAACAUAACAGCAAUACUUCAUGAUAGUGAUGUAGAUUUUAUUUCGUAUGAUUGUAAAUAAAGCGAGACAUUAGAUUAUAUAUCGACACUAACAGGAUUUUCGGAUAUCAAUGAGCAAAUGUAUAUUAGGUAUAGAUUUUCACUCUUCGAACGUAUAUUAGAAACAGAAAAAAAACGAUACAAUUCAUUAGAUAUAGGGACUUAAAAAACAGCGAGUAUUUCUUACUUUUUCUCAAAUGAAAUAGGAAUGUAAUACUUUUAUUGUUGAUAAAUGCACUUUGAAUUCCGAUAAGUUGUAUUCCAAAUUGACAUGUUAUGUUAUUUGUUCGGAAUUUCCGAAAAUUUCAAUGGUUUCCCAUUUUUA